AUGCCAGAUACGUUCAUUCAAGAGAGGUUGAACUCUCUUCACGAGAUUGACUGCAAGAUAGUUUCACUUUUAGACUCUAUGUCUACAAUUUUCCAGACAUACACUACACCUAAACUGCUGGAUGCUCUUUCUCAGAAUGAGUUGAGAGAGCAAUUCGAGUUGCAGACGAAAUCCAUAUAUAACUUAGUGAGUACUGUUGCCAUAGAUCUCAGGAAAGAGGUGAAGGUCAUGGAUGAUAACAUAGGAGUGUACGAUAAAAAUGAAGAUGGGGUAAUGAUAUUGCCUAUUAGUGUCGAUCAAAAGAAUUCAACACUUGGAGAUAAAAAGAUGAAAUAUGAAUUGAGCCAGAUGGAUAAGAUUAUACAUAUAGAGCGUAAACCCGUAGAAGUAGUAGAGAGGGAGGUUGAAGAAAAACCAACAGAGCUCAAAAAAGAAGAGGCAAGCAGUGAACCAACAUUCAAAGAAGUCAAGGAGGAAGAGGACAGUGAUAGCACCAAGGAUCUGACAAUUGUCCCAGACGUAGUCCCAGAAGAAGCUCCGGCUACUUCACAUGCCAUAGAUCUGGAAAAUCAGACAAAACUUAACUCUGAUGAUGAUAUGAAUAUAACUAGUAUCAAUACUCCAAUUCCAGAACCAGAAGUCAAACAGGAGCCAGUAGACGAAACUACCACAAAGACUGACGAGGGUCAGGAUACUGAGAUGAAGGAAGUUCCUGCUGAAGGAGCCCUAAAGGAAGAAGAAGAUCCUACAAAAACAAUACCUGGUACAGAGACAUUCGAAGAUGACAUGCUUUUUGGGGAUGACGAUGCUGAUACAGAUAUGUUCUUUUAG